AAUGGCAAAGUGUUACAAGUUCAUUACUCGUGGCUUUUCUUCCCGUUCCAUAGAUGGUACUUAUACUUCUACGAAAGAAUAUUGGGAAAACUCAUCGAUGAUCCAACUUUCGCUUUACCAUAUUGGAAUUGGGAUAAUCCAAAGGGCAUGCGUUUACCUCCCAUGUACGAUCGUGAAGGGACUUCCCUUUACGAUGAAAGGCGUGAUCCACAAGUCCGUAACAACACUGUUAUGGACCUUGGUUUUUUUGGGGACAAGGUUGAUACAACUGAACUCCUAUUGAUGAACAAUAACUUAAUUCUAAUGUACCGUCAAAUGGUAACUAAUGCUCCGUGUCCUCUUUUGUUCUUUGGUGGACGUUACGUUCUCGGGAAUAACAUCGAAGCUCCGGGAACCAUUGAAAAUAUCCCUCACACACCAGUCCACAUUUGGACUGGUACAGUACGAGGUUCAACUUUUCCUAAUGGUGAUAAGUCAUACGGUGAGGAUAUGGGUAAUUUCUACUCAACUGGUUUGGACCCGGUUUUCUAUAGCCACCACGGCAAUGUGGACCGGAUGUGGAACGAAUGGAAAACACUAGGAGGGAAAAGAAAAGAUCUAACACAACCAGAAUGGUUGAACUCCGAGUUCUUUUUCUAUGAUGAAAACAAAAAUCCUUACCUUGUGAAAAUCGGAGACUGUUUGGACACGAAGAAGAUGGGAUAUGACUACGCACCAAGCCCCACCCCAUGGCGUAACUUCAAGCCAAACAAAAAAUAUUCAACUGGGAAACUGGACCCAAGUAAAGUUCCACCAGCAAGCAAAAUAUUCCCAAUCUUUAAGCUGGAUGGAAACACAUCGUUUUCCUUGGAUAGACCAGCUUCGUUAAGGACUCAAGUGGAGAAAGAAAAUAAAGAGGAGAUUCUAACGUUCGGCUUCAUAAAAUAUGAUAAUAGAGACUACAUAAGGUUCGAUGUGUAUGUGAACGCGGACAAGAAUGUGAAACCAGGGGAUCUUAACCAGAAAGAGUAUGCGGGAAGCUAUACUAGCUUGCCACAUACUCAUAAACCUGGUGAUGAUGAUCAUAUUUCAAGUGCUAAUUUGCAGCUGGCGAUAACAGAACUGUUGGAGGAGCUUGAUUUGGAAAAGGAAGAAAAAAUUGUGGUGACUCUGGUUCCAAGGAAAGUUGGCGAAGGUCUCGCCAUUGGAUGUGUGGAGAUCAUGCUUGUGGAUUGUUAAUUUAGUUUCUACUGAAUCUGCUGAGAUUACACUUUGAUGGUUGAUUCCUUGUUUCCGUCAAGUGUUGAACUCUUUAAUCUUCGCCAAGAUACUUUCUCAA